CUCAGUUCCCAAUGUCGAAACUGGCAACGACUACAUGUGUCCGCGGCAGUGCUCACCGGGCCGGGUCCGCGAUAAGGCUCCGUGUCGAUAGCCGUACGAUCGCGCACACGGUGGCCAAUAAUUUUACGGGAAGUUUGCGUUACUCAUUAUCGGCGUAAAGAACGAUAAUAAUCCGCGUGUGUACAGACGCCGGCCGCGUCAGUGCGUUCGCGCGCCCCGCCGCAGGCCGCGCUCGCGUCGCCUCGGGCUUCGAGCGCGAUCAAUAAGGAACAAUGAAUCGGCCCGACCUCUUUUGGCGGCGCAACAUCUGACCGCGGCCUUUGCGAGUCCGUGUCAGUGUCGCGAGUGUGUCGAGAUGUCGUCCCCGCGGUUCAGCUUCCCGCCGGAGAGCUACUCGGCGGUGUACAAGGGCGACCCGGCGGGCGAUGCGAAUGUUGUUUUGGAAUGCUACCCUGAGGUGUGCGAAGCCCCGACGUCGCCCGCGGCUGUCUCCGACGCUCCCAGGUCGUCGCUGUUCAGCUGCUUUCACUGUGCUUUUCGCAAUGGCAUCAAGGCGAUCCGGAAAGAUAAGCGUGCUGCGAAAAAGAAGGUCGCUGUGCCUGGCAAAGAGGAUGACCGCUGGCGCAAGGAUGAGGGCGCGCUGCUCUUCAAGCGCUGGCGCCGCUCCGGCGCCCAGGCCGAGCCGGCGCCCGCCCCUGCCACCACUGCGCCCAAUGCACAGCCCUCAGACCUCCUCAAGUUCCUAGCUAUUAAUGCAUUGGAGUUAUCAGCUCCCGCUUCGGAUGCGCUGUUGAAGUCCCGCUCCUCGGAGUGGUUUCAACUGUCGGGCCACCCCGGCUCUCUGGCGCCCGCCGGCCCGGGCACGGUGUGGAAGCGCCGCGCCGCCGGCGACCACCCCGCGCACAGCCCCGAGCGCGACACCUACGAGGCCCUCGCAGCCUGCCCCCACAUGCGCUCGGCCAUCCCCAAAUACUACCGUGAACUCGAGUACGGUGGAGAACGCUUCAUCGAACUACAAGACUUGCUCCACGGCUUCCGUGACCCCCACGUCAUGGACAUCAAGAUGGGAACCCGCACCUUCCUCGAGGACGAAGUCAGCAACGCUCGCGCCCGCACCGACCUCUACGAGAAAAUGGUGCGCCUAGACCCCAACGCCCCCACCGAGGCCGAGCACGCCGCCCGCGCUGUCACUAAACUGAGAUACAUGCAGUUCCGCGAACAGCGCUCGUCGUCUGCCGAGCAGGGCUUCCGCAUCGAAGCCGUCAAGCUGCCAGGGGAGCCGCCGCUGACGGACCUGCAGAACGUUCGCGAGCCGCAGCAGCUCGCGGCGACCGUGGCCCGUUUUCUAGGAAAAGAUGAGCGCGCCCGUCGCGCCAUCACCACCCGUUUGCGCGAAAUACGAGACCUUUUCGAGCGCUCGGAUUUCUUCAAGACCCAUGAAAUCGUCGGGAGCAGUAUCUUUAUCAUUUACGACGACGAACGCGUCGGAGCUUGGUUGAUUGAUUUCGCUAAGACGCGACGCGUGCCUGAAGGCACGCAGGUGAACCACCGCUCGACCUGGCAGCAGGGCAAUCACGAGGAAGGUUUCCUGUACGGUUUAGACAGACUGAUUCAGACGUUGGAAACUGCUAGGCUGCCUUCUGAAGGCAGUGAAGCAGCCGAGCCCGACGUGUCGCGUUGAACAGCCAGCGGGAUGACAAUGGACCCGCCCCCGGCGCCGCCGCCGCCGCCGCGCACUCGCGCGCCCCAUGCGCCCGUCUCGACGCACGGAGUUGUUCACAAAAUUUGUAUUUGUGAUUAUUUUGUGAAUAUGAAAGAGAAUGCGAUUAAUCGCCUAAUAUAUUGAUCUAGUCUUUAAUGUUUAAUAAAAUGUCUUGAUUUUGUAUUA